CCAGCAAACAAACAGCUGACUUUUUACUUAUAGGAAUCCAAUAUCAACUGCUCACAUAAUCCUUAUUUUGAUUUGCUAUUAGUUCAAUUCACCUUAGAAAUGUCGUUCCUAAAUAUAUUAAACCGGUCAUUCCUUGGAGCUGUCAAUUUCGCGCAAACUAUAGUAAGUCGAGAUGCACAUGUAUUCAAUCGGACUAUACUGAAGACUAAACUCCGUUGCCACUUUCCCAAACCACGCGAGGUGAAACGCAUUAACGUUCAUGGUUGGGAAAAGCGUAUGUCAACCCCAGAGGGACGUCGAGUGUUAAUGCGUCGGAUACUUAAAGGAAGACAUGUACUAUCGCAUUAAUAAUAUAGUUCAUUGAUAGUGCAAGUAAAAACCAAACAAAAUUAAUACAAGAAGCCGRUUGUGUAACGCACUCUAUGUUUUACUCAUCGAGUCAUUAAAUACAAUUAACAGAAAAUACA